AUGGUAUACACUUCGUUGACCGAAGCUCCUCACAACCUCAAGGAGGGCAUCGACUGGUUGAUGGCCCUGAAGGGAAGUUGUGGCGAGAGCACCUUGAAGGCUAUGGUUGGCGCAAUUCAUCAUCUGUUCUCAAAACACUCCGAUGGAUAUAAGCAGUUGCCAGCUCUCGAAAAAAUGAAAAGCAUUUCUAGGGAGUUUUUAGAGAAACCGGAGCUGAGAGAUAACCUGUUCGUGAAACAAUUGCUGAGUAGAUUCUAUACUCCGGCUAGUACCGCAAACACUGGGUUUAAACAUCUAUUGGCAAGAUACUCUGAGGAAUACGCACGCGUUGUAGGAGUCAAGGGUGCCAGACCUGAAUACAUCGAAGAGAGCUUACGCAACGUCAUGGAUGGUUUUGGGAAGCUCUUGAAUGAUAUAAAAAACCCUGACAAGUACAAGUCUGCGUACAGUGCAGAAGCGACGUGGGAAGCGUCGUGCGCAAAAGACCCGGAAGCCUGCGCAGUGGUUCUCGUUGGGAUGGCGCCUAUGUUGUACGCCGGAAUGCAAUCCUUGUCAAAUGCAGUAUUCUCUAAAAGCGGGUGGUGGAGCACUACAGUAGAAUAUAAGGCCGCUGGGGACGUGUUGAGACCUCUAGGUUACGAAGAGUCGGAAUGCCGGGCUGGCAUGAAUGGUUCAUAUAUAUAUGAAACGUUUAAAGGUCUGGAUGCAGAUUUAUUUCAUAAAACGUACGAUCUCGCAGGAUUUGACAUUUUCUAUGGAUCUGAUAUUGUACAGAAGCUACCAGUUAAGCAACCUGUAGUUGAAGAAGCUUUAGUAGCUGAAACAGCUGUGGACCCUGUACAAGCUGCGAAGACUGCAAACACUCGCAAACCCGGCCAAUCAGGUAGACGCAGAAAAGCUGCGGAAUAA